CUAAAGAGAAAGCUAUUCAGGAGCUGUGCGCCGCCAGGUGAAGGAAGGCUCCGUUUUGGACGCUGGGGGGGAGCGAGAGAGGACCGAGGGCCGGGGAUUUGACUUUUUCUGUAUAAACUCGGGUUUGUGAGGGCGAGUGGGGAGCUAUGGCGGUGCUCUUUGCGCUUUGGGUGCUUUUAUUGUCCCAACUAUUGAUAUCAUCCUCAGCCCAGAGGCCAGGCCUCAGAGGAGCUCCUGGCCUACAAGGACCCCCAGGGCCACCAGGAAGGGAUGGCACUGACGGUAAACCAGGACCUCCCGGUCUGCCAGGGAAACCAGGUCCCAAAGGGAAAGCAGGAAAACCAGGGGGACCAGGACAACAAGGACUGCCGGGACUUCCAGGUGUCGAUGGUUUGACAGGUCCCGAUGGUCCUCUUGGCAGGGAUGGACCCCCAGGAGAACCAGGUGAAGCAGGUCCUCCUGGGCCACCUGGACCUCCUGGCAGAGGGAGACCAGGAGCUUCAGGACUUCCCGGCACCAACGGGUUGCCAGGCGGACCCGGACCCCAGGGCCCAGUGGGUCCUGAGGGUCUUCCAGGACUACCUGGACCUACUGGCCCAGAUGGACUCCCAGGUCUUCCCGGUACACUUCAUGAUCUCAAUGGAGACCUUCUGUGUCCUGCAAUCUGCCCCCCUGGCCCGCCUGGUCCUCCGGGAAUGCCGGGAUUCAAGGGUCACACUGGGCAUAAAGGAGACAAGGGAGAACCUGGAAAAGAUGGAGAGAAAGGUGAUGCUGGACCACCGGGUCCACCAGGUCUUCCUGGCACUGUGGGUCUGCAGGGUCCACGUGGUCUAAGAGGUUUACAAGGCCCAAUGGGACCUGUAGGCGACAGAGGCUUCCCUGGUUUCAGAGGCAAGCCUGGCAUCCCUGGCAUUAUUGGAAAGACAGGUGGUGGCGGAGAAAAAGGACCACAGGGAUUCAAAGGACCCAAAGGAGAAAUAGGUAAAAUUGGUCCCAAAGGAGCUUCUGGUGGACCAGGGCCCAAAGGAGAGCCUGGUAUUCCUGGCAGAGAUGGCAAAGACGGAACCCCAGGGUUGGAUGGUGAGAAGGGCGAUCCUGGACGCCACGGGGUAGUUGGAGAGAAAGGACCAAAUGGCCUUCCUGGUCUGCCAGGAAAGGCUGGUACAACAGGAUCUAAAGGAGAAGCUGGUGAUCCAGGAAAGCCCGGGGAGAUGGGACCCUCUGGAGAGCCAGGGAUUCCUGGUGAGAUUGGCAUCCCAGGAGAGAGGGGGAUAGCAGGUCCAAGAGGAGUGGCGGGAGGUAUUGGACCAGUGGGCAACCCUGGGCCUCGGGGAGUGAAAGGCUUCCAGGGAGUCAAAGGAGACUUGGGAGAUCCGGGUCUUCCAGGACCAACGGGAAUUCGUGGAGAAUUUGGUGACAGGGGCCCAGUCGGGGCUUCUGGACCUAAAGGAGACAUGGGUGUUGCAGGAAGUGAUGGGUUACCAGGAGAGAACGGAGAUCCUGGUCCCUUUGGGCCAGUGGGACAAAAAGGGCAGCCGGGGAAGCGAGGUGAACUGGGGCCUAAAGGCGUGACGGGUCCACAAGGAGAGGUUGGGGGAAGAGGGCUUCCAGGAAAAGAAGGCCCAAUGGGCUUCCAAGGGGAACAGGGUGUGCCUGGACUUCCAGGAAAGAGAGGUGUACCUGGUAAACUGGCAAGUGAGCAACACAUCAGAGAGCUAUGUGGCCCAAUGAUUGAUGAUCAGGUUGCACAACUGGCUGCCAACCUGCGAAGACCCCUGGCACCUGGAAUGGUGGGCCGCCCCGGCCCUCCAGGGCCGCCAGGAAAGCCAGGAGUUGCAGGCUCUAUUGGGCAUCCAGGUGCCCGAGGUCCACCAGGGUACCGAGGCCUGCCAGGAGAACUUGGAGAUCCAGGUCCCAGAGGUGAUGUUGGUGAGGCAGGUGAUAAGGGAUUCAUUGGUAAAGCCAUUGAUGGGCCUCCCGGAGACCAAGGAUACCAAGGUCUUCCAGGGGUACCUGGAAUUGUUAAAGAUGGGCGCGAUGGUUCUCCAGGAGAUCCAGGUGAGCCCGGAGAGCCAGGCAGAGUAGGCAGGACUGGGCACCAAGGACCUCCUGGAAUCUGUGACACAUCAGCUUGUCAGGGAACAUCACCUGCUGGGAAAUCCUCUAACCCCAAAAACAAUUAAGCAUAAGUUCCUGCACCCUGACA